UACAGACGCAGUGCGACGGGACUGCAGCUCUCACUCAGGAGGUAACCUGUUGAACAGCUGGUCUUUCUCCUUUCUCUUUCUCAUAGUGUGUCAGCUCUCUGAGUCUGAUCCUGCCUGCAUCUCAUGUUAAGCCUCGAUCACUGGACUUUUCCCAUUGUUUUAUGAGUUGGAGUUAUAUUCUCUUGCACUGAGGCUGCUGUAAUGAGAGCCUCUUUCCUAGGACCAGUUUGCGCUCUCAUCUUGUUGUUGCGGGAGUCUGAUUGCCAAGGGGAUGAUGUUACCUCUCGCACAGUGAACCCAUGCUGUCAUUUCCCCUGUCAGCACUGGGGUGUGUGUGUGCGGUACACCGAGGACAAGUAUGAGUGUGACUGCACUCGCACCGGCUACUACGGAGAAAACUGCACAGUCCCUGAAUUUUGGACCCGAGUGAAGCAUUUCCUUCGGCCCCCUCCAGAUGUGCUGCAUUACAUCCUCACGCACUUCCACUGGCUCUGGGACGUCAUCAACAGCACCUUCUUGCGGGACGUCCUCAUGCGUCUGGUUUUAACUGUGAGGUCCAACUUGAUACCUACUCCUCCAACCUUCAACUCCAAAUAUGGCUACCUCAGCUGGGAAUCCUACUACAACCUGAGCUACUACACUCGCAUCCUGCCCCCCGUCCCUGAGGACUGUCCCACACCGCUGGGGGUCAAAGGCAAGACCAAGCUGCCCGCGGCCGAGCUGCUGGUUGAGAAGCUGCUGAAGAGAAAGACGUUCAGACCCGAUCCCCAAGGCAGCAACCUCAUGUUUGCUUUCUUUGCUCAACACUUCACACAUCAAUUCUUUAAGACCUACAACCGCAUGGGUGUGGGCUUCACCAAAGCUCUGGGACAUGGGGUGGAUGCAGGACACAUCUAUGGAGACAACCUGGAACGCCAGCUCUCGCUUAGGCUUUUAAAAGAUGGAAAACUAAAGUACCAGUUAAUUAAUGGAGAGAUGUACCCUCCCACUGUAGCUGAUGCCCCCGUCAAGAUGAGCUACCCUCCCGGCAUCCCUGUGGAGGAUCAGAUGGCCAUCGGUCAGGAGGUGUUUGGACUUCUCCCGGGUUUGGGGUUGUAUGCAACGCUGUGGCUCAGGGAGCAUAACCGGGUCUGUGACAUCCUGAAAGCCGAGCAUCCCGCCUGGGACGAUGAGCAGCUCUUCCAGACGGCACGUUUCAUCAUCAUUGGUGAAACCAUCCGGAUUGUGAUAGAGGAGUACGUGCAGCACCUCAGCGGCUACCUGCUGCAGCUGAAAUUCGAUCCCACAUUGCUGUUCAACUCGCACUUCCAGUACGGAAACCGCAUCUCGCUGGAGUUCAGCCAGCUUUACCACUGGCACCCGCUGAUGCCCGACAGCUUCCAUAUAAGUGGAGAUGAGCUGUCCUACCAGCAGUUCCUUUUCAACACCUCCGUCGUCACGCGCUACGGUGUGGAGAAGCUGGUGGAGGCCUUCUCUCGGCAGGUUGCCGGCCAGGUAGGUGGAGGCCACAACAUCAAUGCUGUAGUGACCCACGUAGCUCUGAGAACGAUAGAGGAAUCCCGCCAGCUCCGGGUCCAGCCUUUCAACGAGUACAGGAAGCGUUUUAACCUCAAGCCAUACGAGUCAUUCACACAGUUUGCUGAUAACAAGGAGAUAGCCGACACACUGGAAGAGUUCUACGGUGAUAUUGAUGCUCUUGAGUUUUACCCCGGCUUGAUGUUGGAGAAAACGCGACCAGGAGCCAUAUUUGGAGAGAGCAUGGUGGAGAUGGGUGCCCCCUUCUCUCUGAAAGGCCUCUUGGGUAACCCCAUAUGUUCUCCAGAGUACUGGAAGCCCAGCACCUUUGGUGGCAAAGUUGGCUUUGACAUAGUAAACUCUGCCACGCUAAAGAAGCUGGUUUGUCUGAACACCAGGACGUGUCCUUAUGUGGCGUUCAGAGUUCCACCAGAGGAGAAACAACGGCAAGAGAAGAGUGAUGGAAACAUGCCCAGUGAUGAACUAUGACAGUGUGCAGAACCUGGAGGGUUGUGUUAUUUUGACGUCCCGGUAGGAAGGUGAAACGGGCCCAAAGAGAGCAAUUGUCAAAGGUAAUACAGCAGCUACUGUUUGCUGCACUGAAGGGUCAGUCAAAGCUCGGCAUGAAACCAAACUCAGCUCUUUUUAAACUCGCUCGCUCUUCCAAACUCUUCUUACUCACACUUGAACAAACUGUUAUCAGAUGUCAUGUUGCCGUGGACAGAAACACUGUCGCAGUUCACACAGUUUGGAAAUAAAUCACUGUGCAUUAUUUUGUUUUUAAAUAUUUUUUUUUUGUUAUUCAGUUUUAAAAUUCACUGAAAUUAAAAACUAGGCCCAUAACGUACAACUGUCCGUUCAUUAAGAUUUGGCAGCGACUACAUUUCCUAUCUCUCUGCUGCCAGUAAAUCCAAUGUUUAUUUUGGCUUCAGUAGCUAUUAUCUGAAACUGAAAUUCUGCAGACGCCCGUUUUAAUGUGGGCGGAAAUGGAAAUGACCCAUAUCUCCUGUUACUUCCACCUUUUGUGAAAAUAUUGAAAGCAAAAGUAAAUUCAACACUUGUGACUUGGCAAACGUGGUCUUGCAGGAGAACUUGGAGUAGCAGAAAAGUCUGCAGAACGGACAUAAAUUAUCUUUAACAAUCACGUUGCCAUCUAGUGGUCAAAUUGGAAACUUGCAGUUUAUGAUUUUCCCCUACGGUCUGACGUCACGCGUGUUGCCUUCAAGAGCUUUCAGUAAAGCCCCGACAGUACAUAACGCUAACGCAUGCAAUGUCCUAAAAUACCGAUUUGGAUUGUUUUCACCUUUUAUUAUGCAGAUUAAAUAUGAGUUGAGUAAUUUGAGUUGCAACCGUAUGUAUCAAUUUAACAGCAAUAAUGAUAAUAAAAAAGUGUAAGAACAGGAACUAUAUUAAACCUAAUCACUUAUUAUCUUUCAUGUUUAUCCUUAAACUUGGUUUUACGAAUCUGGAACAAGGGAUUGAACAUUAAAAUGUCUCUUAGUAUGACGUGACAAAGUGUAACAUGUCAUUGUAAAAUGUAAAAGCAUGCAACAAAAGGCUAUCUUUUUGUCACAUUGUUGUGAUUUAACAUGAAAUGGCGGAUGUAUGGCGGAUUACAUUACACCAGCCGUCAAUCCAAUGUGUUUCACAAAAUAGAAAAGUUGGUUCUAACAGUGUUUCCAGGACGUCUUUUCAGUAUUGCUAUGGUAAACAUGAUUGUGCUUAGUUCCUUAUAAUUUUGAAAUGUCUUUAUUCUCUCUAUCUAUUAUUGUUUAUAUGUUUUUUUAAUUGUUAUUAUUAGUUUCACGUGAGUAUAUCCUGAAUUUGACAGGCAUUACAAUUCAAAGGUUUUAUUGCUAUUUGCUAUCUAUUUAAUCUUUUAUUUAGCUUGAGCCGACUUCUUGUCAAGACUAGUUGGUCUUUCAAAGACUGUUUACUGUUUCGUCUGCCAUAUGUUUUAUCUUUCUCAACUGUAGUUUUUAUUAUAAGCAAUGACUGGAAAGUUAAAGAGAAACAUUUUCCAUCUGCCUCACUCUGUUCUCUGCAGAUGUUUACUUACAGAAAUGUUAUUACACAUAUAGUAACAGACAUGAUAGCUAGGGGUUGUAAGUAUGAUGUGAAUGUAAAACAAAUAUGGCGUAGGGUUGGCUGCACAGAAGAGUAUGUAUCCUAGCAACUUGAACCUUCACUGGGUCCAUUAUCAUAUUUAGUGACUUUUAUAGCCAUAAAUAGAGUUAAACAAUUCUGGAAAAAUAAGAAGUCUUAAAAGUAAAAAGGUCUAGUAAUUGUUUCUAAUGAUUGUCUGGGCUUAAAAUGUGUAAAUUCAAAGUAUUUCAAUGACUAUAAAGGAUUACAACAUGCCAGGAAACAUAUGGACAGGAUGUGUUUAUGUGGCUGGUGUUCAGGGUGUGACGUGGGGCUGCCGCGCUUGAGAAAUGUCCUGAUAUGAUAUCUGGACAUCUUGAGGAAAACAGCUCCCCCUCAAGCUUACGGCAUUGUUUCACCAGCUGUGACGUGUUGGUGUCUGACUACUGAAUUGAGAACAAGCUCACGGGCUAAAUCUUGGUUCUACACUGCUGGAUGUUAAAGUCCUCAGUUGAGAGCUCUCUGGCUCUGUUACGCUGCCAAGAUAUACCAUGAUUUGACCAAUCUGGAGACCUUUCAUAGUGUCUGUAGAAUGCCUAAAAGUUGUGUGAAGAAGUGAUUAAACCUAGUCAGUAGAGGUGCAGCUGUGCCAUCACAGUAAUUUCAUAUGGUUUCUCCCUGAAAACUUUAUGAUGACCUGAUCUGAAUCUGUAAUCUUCAUAUUUUGUUCCUGGCCUUGCAAAGGUCACACAAUGUUAAUGUAAAACCGAAAACAGACACAACUGGGAAAUAAAACAAAUUCAGUGUUUUUUUUGUGUGUGACAGAUUGUUUAUUUUACUCAUGCCAAAUGGAAAAGGGAUCAUCCGUGGAGCACAUUAGCCCUCCUCCAGUUUCUUGUUUGUGUGUCUUGUGUUUGCAGUGACCGUGUCUCCUUCUUGUUUCUGAGCCCCGAGGUUUUCCAGUUUCAUUCGUUCUCUUUGCUUUGGCCCUUUUCCUCUGUGGGAUGUGUUUGCAUCAGCAAAGCUCCUCUGAAUAAUAACGCACAUGGUGGCAAUCCUCAUGCCAUCUCAUCAGUACCCAAGCCUGUAGAG